UGUAGACAUAUCAAGUUUAUUUAGAUGAUUCAGGAUUUAAAUUAUUGUAUUAUAUAAAAUACUCGGGUCGCGUUUGCUACAUUCUUCUGAAGCGGCUGGACAAAUUAUUUUGAUAACCUUUUUUGUGCUUAUCGGGUAGGCCCGAGAAUCAGUCACAUGUAUUUUUCUUUGCCGGGUCAAAUAUCAGGAUUAUAAAAUCAGCUGUAUUCUAGUUCUACUACCAACAUUAGCAACAGUGUAAUGGCCAGCUCAUGGCCAGCUAUUAUGCCAUUGCAAUAGUGUAGUGGAUGGCAGUGGAUACUGUGUCAGUAGACAGUACAGUGGUCUGCCUUGAACCGAAGCUACGCGCUCCGUUACGCACGUACAUUUACGACCACAAACCAAUAAUGGAUGAGUUUCUCGGCAAAAAAUAUAAAUUGAAAAGUUCCGAAAACUUCGAGGAGUAUUUGAAAUUUAUUGGUGUCGGUCUGGUGUCCCGCAAGUUGGCGACGACCGUGUCACCGGUGUGUGUCCUGACAAAGAACGACGACGGCUCCUACAAUCUGGCCAUGACCACCACAGUACGGAACAUGAUCCUGACCUUCACGCUCGGCGAGGAGUUCUCUGAGGAGAGACCGGAUGGAACUAAAGUGCAGUCAUUGAUGAUUUGGAAAGGGACGGAACUAAUACAAACGCAGACGAAGAAAAGCGGCAGAAAAUCUACGCACAUUAGAAAAUUUUCACCUACGACAUUAACCGUUACUACAACAGCUGAUGGCUGGAAUGGGACCUGCGUAAGAGUUUAUGAACUGAUAGAUUAAUUUAAAAAAGAAAUUAAGGUCUGAUUUAAUAGUGCCUCUUAGUUAAAGGAAGUUGGUAACAAGGACAAACGUUGCCUGACUUCUGCUUACA